AAGGUGAUUUUGCUCAUCUGAAGGAAAGAAACUUAACGAGAAGUACGUCGAAUUCUGAAGUGAAAUUUGAAGAAUGAUUUUGCAGUGGCUAGUAGUAAUAACACUGUUCGUCCACAAAAGUUUGGCUUACAAUCUUCACAAUGAUAUUGACGGCAAUCGUCUUUGGCGCCGUCAGGAACCGGUCAUUGAACCUCAACCAGGCAGAAAUCACGAAGAAUGCAAGAGUGAUAUCAUUGUGUUGUGGGACAAUUCCGCAUCAAUCGGCUUUACAUAUUAUCCGAAAGUGAAAAAUUUUCUGAAGAAACUUAUCACGAACGAAGAUUUCCGUGUUGGAAGAGAUGGCACCCGGUUAGGUUUCGUCACAUUUGCAGACGAUGCACACACCAAGAAACUGUUGGAUGUGGGAGAGAUUACGGAUCCAGCAAAGUUGACAGACUGGCUGGAUAACCUGGAUUAUAAAAAAGAGCUGAUGGGCGGUGAAACGUUUACUGGUAAAGCGUUUGAACUUGCAAACGAGAUGUUUCAACAACCCAGCCCUAAGAAUGUCCGCCCUGAUGUACCUGACGUUAUCUUGUUGUUUACCGACGGCGCACCGAAUCCUGAGUUUCCAACUUCCAAAAGCGAGAGGCAAAAGAAGAUGGAUCAAAAAAGGAUCGCGGAUAAGUAUGUAUCGAUACUGAAAAACAAGAAUGUUAAAAUUGUUGGCAUCACAGGAGGAAAACCAGCGCAAGUUAGAAAAUUUAAGCCCUACGUUGAAGAUUGGGCUUCGUCACCAGAUGAUGUCUCUGAAUCAGAGUUAGACCACUUGGACGAAAUUGUUGAUAAAAUUGUCAAGGAUUCGUCGUGCAUAGCGCCCGCGAAAUUGCCAUGCCGCUGCGAGAAUUACCUUGUAGAACCUCAAUACAUCAAGCAAGGAAGUGAUGCAGUUGUGACUUGGUUACCCCCAUCCCUCAAAUGCCCGCAAGGAUCAAGUGCAGUGAUUCAAAAUACCAAAAUUACUCCGGAGGGAGCGAGACCAGGACAGAGAUUUCAGGCCGGGCCACACAAUAUCGUAUACGAGUUCACAUACGAGUUAAAUGGCAAUUCAAGGACCCAGAGUUGUAGUGUGGAUUUCAACGUUAUUAGCGGGGAAUUGUGUGGCAGGAAGAUAAUCGACUCUGAAACCGAAGUUUGCUGCUGCGGUGAGACGCACCGUGCUAUGCCUGGGCACGAGUGUUGUGGCAUCGAGUACUAUUAUACGUCAACAGGAAAAUGCUGUGAUGAAAAACGUGGGAUCGUUGUGUGCAAAGAAGCCAAGUGUCCAGCAGUGUGA